CCUGUGUAAAAAGAUGAACUGGUUUAAUGGAAGUAUACCUGAAGCCAUACAGAGAUCUAAGCAACAGAAAGUUCUGUUUAUUGUUUACAUUUAUGGACAAAAUGACAUGUCAACAGAGAUGGAUAAAGUGUGGAAUGAUCCAGAAGUUCUGACAUUGUGCAAUAGUAGUGGAAGUGUUGCUAUAAAACUGGCAGCAAACAGUGAGGCUUGUGGACAUUUUUCACAGAUCUUUCCUGUUGUGGUUGUGCCCUCUACAUAUUUCAUUGGGGUCAAUGGGGCUCCUAUUGAGGUGGCCGCAGGACACAAAGAGAAGGGGGAGUUCAUUCAAGUCAUUCAGAAUGUGAUCAAGUUACACAAUGAUCAGUUGGCUGAAACCCAGCCUGGCCCCCCAACUGCAGUGGUACAGCCCAACACAUCUGCAGCACAAAGCACAGCACCAAACACAGCACCAAGCACAGCACCAAACACAUCAACACAGUCAGCACAGAUAGAAAAACCACCUCUGGAGGAAAGAGUGCAAAAAGCUAAAGAGAAGAUGGAAAUGAAGAGAGAGGAAAAAGAGAAACUUGAAAAAGAGAAAGAGAAAGAAGAGGAAAAAGAAAGACGGAAGCUUGGAAAAGAUUUACAGAAACUAAAGGAAUUUCAGAAGGAGAGGGAAUUGAAGGAUUCUGUGGAGCAGAUGAGGAAAGAAAAAGCUGAAGAGAAGCGUCAAAGAGACAAAAUCAGGGAGCAGAUAGCUAGAGACAGGGAGGAGAGGGCAGCUCGCUUCAGAAAGGAGACACAGGAACAGAAACUGGCGGCAGAAGAGAAAAAACAGGCACAAAUAUCGGCCCGACAAAAACUCACACAGGAAGAGGAGGCCAAGAAAAUGGAGACAGCUCGGAUCCAGGUGCGGCUUCCUGAUGGAACAUCUUUAUCCAACACAUUCCCGUCCUCUGAUAUACUGCAGAGUGUUUAUUCUGUAGUCUCAGGACAUAUUGGUGCUGAUGUUACCCUUUCUACUGUCUAUCCAAAGAGAAUCUUUACACAAGAUGACAUGUCACAGACACUGCUCUCUCUUAAUCUGGUUCCCUCCUCAGUGUUAAUAGCUGUGCCGCGAAAAUCCAAUGUGAUAUCCAGUCCAGGCAACCCAGGUGGUGGAAUUCUGGCUCUUAUUUUGGCUCCAUUUUUAUUUUUGUGGAACAUGAUUCGAGUUUUUCUGUUUGGUGGACCAUCACAAGCAAAAUCAGAGGAUGCUCCUCCAGCCACAGAGGAAUCUCAGCCCUCAUCUCAAAGAAGGCCCAGACCACAGACGGCCUACCAGAGGAGACCAAUCCGUGCAGAUGGAAAUGUCCGAAGGUUGACAGACAUGAGAGAUGAUGAUGAUGAAAAUGCCACAUGGAAUGGGAACUCAACCCAACAAAUGUAGGAACCAAUCAGAAAAAUUCUUAACAGCUCUAACAACCAAUCAGAAAGAAAAACAAAAACUAUUAUGUUCAUUUGAAUCAGCCAGGUGUUGGUGUUGUAGACCAGAAUCUUAUACUGAUGUGUAAUAAUGACCAAGCCAAGUAUAUAGUGUUUAAAAUAGUAUUUCUAUCACAGAACACUUUAGAUUCUAGUACUUUGUACGUUUUGAAAUGUCUUCUUUUAAAACAAAAAAAAAUGAAAUCAGAGAGAUUCCGUUGCAUGAGGAUGUCCUGGAAGGACCUCAUUAUGUUUAUGUAUAAAUCAUGUCUGUCAGUUAAUUUAUUAUGGUGCAUCUUCCUUAUCCAAGGGAAUCCAGUUCGCUCUGCUCCCUACAAAGUUAAUGUCAGCAGAGCAGAUCGUAAAUCCUUGGAUAGCGAAGAUUAUUGUGGUGUUAGAAGAGGAAAUGUAGUAAUUGUUUUUUGGUAUUUUUUGUUUUCUUUCAAAUAAACUUUUGAAAACAAUUA